UGGGUUUGUGUGUGAGGAAGCAGUGUGGUUGUCGGCUCAGAGGUGUCAGAGCUGAGACACUUCCUCGUCCUUUUUUACUCUCAUCACAGCGACCUGCAGAGAACAUCAACGGCUCACCAUCCCCCCUCAGCGCAGACACACAUGUGACACACUGACUUCACAUAUAAAAAUAAGACGUUUAUCUGUUAAAUUAUUAGUGGGAAGCCUGUGUGUGACAUUAAGAAGCACUUACAUCUGAUGACUUUGAUUUUGGUUGUAGGUAGUUCUUCAUCCUUUUUGAGUGAUGCCACGUUCUUUCUUGGUGAAGCGAGGAGGGCUGCACCACCUUGGAAAAAAGGCGGGCUCCUGGGAUACAUCCCUGGCUUACUCCACUACAGAAACACCAGAUAAUAACACAGUGACGGCUGAAUUACUGCAGAAGGACCUUCCUGCUGCCAAAAACUCCAGCGAGGACCUUCAGCCAGUCAAUCCCAAAUCUUAUGACUGUAGAUCUGCUGACUCCUGCAGAAACAUCAACUUAAAUACUUUUAGCCCUGUGGAGAAAGUUGAGUCUCAACCUCCCACACGAGCAAUAUGGUGCAGACCUCAUAUGAUCUCAGGAUAUCCAGAAAAACUACCUGUGGGACCGGGAGACUUCACUCAGCACCCUCACGUCCUGAGGGAGACCAGGAGCAGCAGCUGCUCCAAGAUCAGUGCUGCGAGGCAAGAGUGUCCACUCUGUAGCAAAUUAUUUUCAUGUCUCUCAAGUUUGAAGACUCACAUAUGCAAGAGUCAUGGAAGCAGAGCACCAACACACAUCAAGUCCAGCAGGACAAAUACUGAACAGUCAGCAUGCAGGGGCAAGGAGAGGACAUUUGGCUGCACAGUGUGUGGAAAAGUAUUCAAGCGCUCCUCCACACUCUCCACCCACCUGCUCAUUCACUCAGACACACGUCCGUACCCCUGCCAGUACUGUGGCAAAAGGUUCCACCAGAAGUCUGACAUGAAGAAACACACCUUCAUACACACUGGCGAGAAGCCCCAUGUGUGUCAGAUAUGUGGGAAGGCGUUCAGCCAAAGUUCCAACCUCAUCACCCACAGCCGUAAACACAGGGACGACCGGCCCUACCGCUGUCCUCGCUGCCUCUUCGGCUUCCAGCACAAAGUGGACCUGCGGCAGCACCAGGAGCAGCACUGCACCUACCGCUGACUCUGACACGGCAGAGUCAAUAUCCUCAGCCUUUCUUUAAUAACCGCAGAAAGACAUGCAGGACAGAGAAAAGCUCACAGUGUUGACUACCUGUUUCAAGUUGUACCAACCCUUCUGAUUUAUCUCAUGUUAAAUACAGUGUUUUAUAUUUAUAUGCAAGGAAGUUUCCAUUAUUUGUGAUUUUAUAUUUUAAAGGUCCAGUUAAAUGUAAUAUAAUACAUUAAG